UUUUGUUAAUCUAGCAUGUUUAAAUACAGCUAGAACAAACAGAAACCUAGCGGCAAACGAAGCGGCUGUGUGGGAGAGCGUUUUAUUGCAGUUAUGUAUGUCGGUUGAUUUCUGUUUCCUUCAUCAUCCAGUCAUGUACGCUAACGGCUAACCGUUGCUGAUGCAACACUGGGAGUUUUUGCCUCUGUUAUUACACAACCGGUUCAAUGAAACUAGUUAAUCGAGCGGUUUGAUAAUUUGCCACAGUUGAAAUACGAGUUUGUUUAGUUGGUUGAUUGCAGCGGUUGAUUGUGGUGAUGCUACAGGAUGGGUCUACCCAACUGCUCUGCCUCACAGCCAGCAGCGGGGUUCCUCUUUUCACAAGGGGGGCCUCUAAACAGCUGCCCUUCUCAGUCAUCGGCUCUCUGAAUGGGGUGCACAUGUUCGGAGGAGGACAGGGAGCGCUUUUGUCCUCCUGCGAGACUGAGGGUGGGGGAAAGGUGGUGUGGAAGGUUUUCCACGACAGUGUGAUGCUCAUCGCUGUGAGUGGAGGUGGAUCAAGUGGAGCAUGCAGCGGGGCGGAGAUGAGCCGCUUACAACGCCUCUUGGAGAAUGUUUGGAGCUGCAUGGUGCUGGUGCUGGGACAGGAUGAGCUGGUUAAUCUCAGGAACAUUGAAAGACUCAAGAGGGACCUGCGGUCCUGCUUCUGCCUUAUCGAUCAGCUGCUGGAAGAGAAGCACCAAGGAGUUCUGGGAAACCUCACACACUGUGCUGAUUCACUGGUUCCUCCAAACCCAACUCCUCUCCAAGAAGCUUUGGAUGGCUUUGCUCAGGCUGCAGAUAGCGAGUUCGGGUGCCUCUUCGUCCAUGGGAGGAUUGUGGUAGCUACUGAGAAGUGGUGGCGCUUGGCACCUCAGGAAGUUGUCUUGCUGUGUGCCUUGGUACGCACCUUAUCGGCAUCUGGAUCAGCUUCUUGCGAUUACCCAGUUUUCCUCCCUCAGGGAAGCCCCACAGUUGCCCAUCGCCUGCUCCACUUCCAGCUGCUCCCAGGAGCAGAUGUAUGUGUGCUGUGUGGUCCCACCCCAUCCCUGCAAAAAGCUGAAACCGAGCUGGUGGGUCGAUUAUGGUCCCCCCUCAUAGAGACCCUGAGAAGCUGCCUGGCAGUCGGAGAGCGCUGCUUACCAGGCUCCGUACCUCUGCGGCCUGAUGUGCUCGCACUUCUUCUCAUUAACCGCGAGACCCGUCGCUCAGUCUCCUGUGUGCAGAUUUCAUCUCAUCAUCCACUGAGUGACUCCUCACUAUCCAAAUCCCGCUGCUGGGAGCUGCUGGAACUAUUUUAUAUCUUCAGCAUAUCACGCUACUUCACCCAGGAUGAGACAUUGUGCGGUUCACCAGAGGAAAGCACUCAAAGCAGUCACACAGAAGACUUUCUUCAUGGAUUCUCCCACCAGCCUCAACAAUGCUAUCUAGUAACAGAAGAUUGUAAAUGUUAUGGAUUUCAGACACAGCAGCACCAGUUUUUUCUGCUAAUGUUGCCAUCUGUGCCCACCUUUGCUCUGCGCACAGUGGCUACACAGACUCUCACCGAUAUAAUUUCUGCAACAGCGUUUUAAUUGGACUGAUUUGUUUUAGUUACACCCACAGCGACAGACCUAAUGUUUAUUUGUUUGAUGGAAACCAAAAAGUGAUUUGAUAUCACCAAGAGAACUGAAGUAGGUUGUUGAUACUGUAAAGACGCACCAGGGUAUUUUGAUUAAUAUUAUUUACAAUCAAGUCACUGUUAGAGAUGUGUCUGAACUACACUGGCUUUUACGUUGCUUCUGUUAGUAUUGAAAUCUGACUUAAUUGGUUUAGAGAUUAAUGUGAAGAAUAACGUGGCACUUUAUCAAUAGGUGCCUGCUGUUUCUUGUUGAAUUACUUACUCAUAAAUAUUACCAUUAA